ACACUGGAGAGGCAGAGAGGAGUAACCGCAGAGACAGAGGGGUGGGUGGGCUGGCCUGGCCCAUGGCUGAAGCCUCUGUCCCAGUGCUGAGGGGAGAGGAAGCCACGCCUUGCCCCAGCGUUCUGGAACUGGAGGAGCUCCUGAGGGCAGGGAAGGUUUCUUGCAGCCACGUGGAUGAAGUUUGGCCCAACCUUUACAUAGGAGAUGCCCAAGGUCCUGGUGCACUGUGUGGUUGGGGUGAGCCGCUCGGCCACGCUGGUCCUGGCCUACCUCAUGCUGUGCCAGCAGCUGUCCCUGCGCCAGGCAGUGAUCACCGUGAGGCAACACCGAUGGGUCUUCCCCAACCGAGGCUUCCUCCACCAGCUCUGCCAGCUGGACCAGCAGCUGCGGGGCACAGGCCGGAACUGAGGGGCCAGAGCUGGUCCUUUCUCCCUGCCACAGGGCUGGGCCACUUUGUUUCCCUGGCACUGGCCCUGUUGGUGCUGCUGGAAGCUCUGGCCCAGGUGGAGACCAAGAAGAUGCAACAGCAUCAAGUGUGCGGAGACAGGGAGCUGGAAGCAGACAGCACAAAGUGCCCGUCAGAGAAGACCACAGCCGGGGCCAGAUACCCCCACAGGAUGGACUCACUGCAGAAGCAAGAUCUCCGGAGGCCCAAGAUCCACGGGGCGGUCCGGGGAUCCCCCUACCAGCCGCCCACACUGGCCUACCUCCAGCGCUUGCUGUGGGUCCGUCGGGCCGCCAUGCUGAGCCACAUCAAUGAGGUCUGGCCCAACCUCUUCCUAGGAGAUGCAUAUGCAGCCAGGGACAAGAGCAAGCUGGUCCAGCUGGGCAUCACCCAUGUCGUGAAUGUUGCUGCAGGCAAGUUUCAAGUGGACACAGGUGCCAAGUUUUACCGUGGAAUGCACUUGGAGUACUAUGGCAUUGAGGCUGAUGACAACCCCUUCUUCGACCUCAGUGUCUACUUUCUACCUGUUGCUCGAUACAUCCGAACUGCCCUCAGUGUUCCCCAGGGCCGUGUGCUGGUACACUGUGCUAUGGGGGUGAGCCGCUCUGCUACAGUUGUCCUGGCCUUCCUUAUGAUCUGUGAGAACAUGACCCUGGUGGAGGCCAUCCAGACGGUGCAGGCCCACCGUGAUAUCUGCCCCAACUCGGGCUUCCUCCGGCAGCUCCAGGUUCUGGACAACCGACUGGGGCGGGAGACAGGGCGACUCUGACUAGGUGAGCAGCCGGGAGCCCUGACCCUCUAGCCAGCAUGGCCUAACCCAGCCAGCCUGGCCCUGGGGACAGCAGCCUCUGCUGUUUCCAAAGACCUUGAGGUAUAAAUAGCAAGUGGGGGUUUAGCUGAGGCAGAAGCAGGGAGAACUGAGUGGUGACCUUUAGCAGGUGGAUUUCCCUGACCCAAUCCAGAGAUUCUUUAUACAAAAGAGAGUUCAGUCUGUCUCUAUAAUAAAAGGUUCAUCAUAAUAAAGACAGGAGGUCUUCUGGUGGUUUGUGGGGUGUGUCUUACUCCCAAGAUGGUCAUUUAGAGUCCAGAAGACUUGCCUGCUCUGAGUCAGCAUAAGGGCAACCUACAGAAAGGGUCUGAGUCCGUGUCAAGUCUCCGUGGAGACGGAGGGCAGGUGAGGGUUAAUCAGUGGUAUCUGCCUCGGGUGCAAAAAGGAGGAAGAGGGUACAAGUGCUGAGAAUUAGCUGGUCCUUUCUUCAUUUUGUCCUCCAUUGUAGCAUCAGCCAAGAGCUAGGUUGUCGGAAUCAAGACCGAUGUUCAGUGCGUCAGCAUCCUCUCCAUGCCCACCCUAGCAAAAAGCAAUCAUCAGAACUUUUGCUGUGCAAGUCGCAUCUCUUGAAUAUUUUCAUCUAUGCUUUACUUUAAAAAGGACUGACUCAAGUGAGAGGCAUCUAGAAAACACAAGUGUUAACUGAGAGGAUAGGGUCUGGGGAGGAGACAGCCCAGAAAUCCCAGGCGAAGGAUGGUUAUAUGAUGCAGCAAAACGUUUCACUCUGAGUUUCUUAGUAUUCAUG